UCAUCCGGAGGAAGUGAAGCCCCAGACGAGGCAGCCAUCAUCGGAGGGUGAAAAAAAAAUCUAAAAAAAAAAAAAAAAAAAAAAAAAAAAAAAACUGAACUUCAUCGUGUUUUUGUUUUUUUUCAAUCCACACAAUUGGGAAUUGCGUCCAAGUCGUAGCGGGAGAAGGAGGUUCGGGGUGGGGGAGAGAGUGGACGGUGCGGGAAUAAUGGAAGAUUCUCAUUUUAACUCAUCCUAUUUCUGGUCUCCCAUCCCAACUGUGCCAGGACAGCUGGAGAAUGCAGUGUUCCUGAACAAAGUGAAAGAGCAGCAGGAAAAGAACGUGUCCUUCCCUCCAUCCUCGGCCUCCCACUACCAAACGGCCUUGCUCACCAUCCCAACGCCGGGAGGCAAGACAGACGGAGGUGGGCAGGUUGUCAGCGCGGCCCACCUGCACCCACCACACAGCAGCCAGAAUAUUACCGUGCUGCCCGUCCCUUCGACAGGCAUCAUGACGGCAGCGGGUCUGGUCAUCACGACUCCCCAGGGAACGUUAGUAUCGCCCACAUCCUCGCAGUCCUUUGUGUCCGCGCACCCAACCACCACCAUGAUUGUCUCUGCCGUCCAUUCACCAGACAAAAAAGAGGAUGGGACGUCCCACAUGGUGGUGAUGCCGGCGCCGUCCAAGCGAGGCCGCAAGAAGAAGAGCAUGGUCGGCCCGGGCAACGAAACCCUCAUACUGACUCAGCUGAGUGCUGGCGGACAGGUGACAUCUUUGCAUCAUCACACCAGAGAUCCAUAUCAUCUUUCCAACGAGGAGGAGGAGCCCGGGCUGAAGGACAGCACUAAAACAUAUAGGUGCCGGAUGUGCGCGGCGACCUUCUUCAGUAAGUCUGACAUGCAGAUCCACUCCAAGUCGCACACAGAGGCCAAACCUCACAAGUGUCCGCACUGCGCCAAGUCGUUCGCCAACUCCAGCUACCUGGCGCAGCACAUCCGCAUCCACAGUGGGGCCAAGCCUUACACCUGCUCCUACUGCCAGAAAUCAUUCAGGCAGCUCAGUCACUUACAGCAGCACACACGUAACCACACAGAGUCAAAGCCUCACAAGUGCCCACAUUGCACUAAGUCGUUCGCCAACUCCAGCUACCUGGCACAGCACAUCCGCAUCCACACGGGGGUGAAACCUUACACCUGCUCCUACUGUCAGAAGUCAUUCAGGCAGCUCAGUCACCUUCAGCAGCACAACAGGAUUCAUACUGGAGAUCGGCCGUACAAGUGUACACACCCUGGAUGUGAGAAAUCCUUCACGCAACUCUCCAAUUUACAGUCCCAUCGCCGUCAGCACAACAAAGACAAACCUUACAAGUGCUCCAACUGCAACAAAGGCUACGUGGACGCCGCAAGCCUGGAGGUGCACAUGUCCAAACACACGGUCAGGCAUGCCCGGAUCUACUCGUGCGGUCUCUGUAAUCGCACGUACACCUCAGUAAGACCAAUAUGCAUUUGUGAAGAGAAUUCCCAGUGGCCUCACUGGCGCCACACGCCUGCCAGCCACUUUACACCGUAUAGUCAUGUGUCCACUGUCUCCCCUCUACCCUCACCCCAGGAGACCUAUCUCUUGAAACACAUGGAGAAACACGGCCAAGAGCAGUUGAACGCGACCAAUGCCGUGGCGGCGCAGCACAGCCAAAGCCAGGCGGCCCGCGCUCAGCCUGGAGCUCGGAACCACGCGGACGGCUCGGAAGGCGGAGGGGGGCGAGCCGGACACAGCCAAAGCGGCUACGCCCAGCCAGACGCCAUGCACUGUCCCUUUGACCUGCACCAGUACAAGACGGUGUCCGCUAGCGACAUCCAGUACAAACCCGUCGGCGUGUCGGACAUUUCCUCCCACAAGGACCUCUGCCUAACUGUGUCGUCUUCCAGCAUCCAAGUGGAGCACCUCAACUCAUAGAGAUGGAGUGGGGGGUGGGGGGGGACAGAGGACAUAAAAGCAAUACUAUAAUGAAAUGAGAACUUUUGAAACUGUGCCUGGAAAUGUUUUGUUUUGGCCAAGGUUUUUAUUUUGCUGAAGUGUACUAUCAGAGGGAAAUGUGUGUGAAAGUGCCGCAACGAAAACAUUUACAGUCCAUCACAGUGAUGGUUUCUAAGAAAGGAAGCGACAGAGUGCCUGUCUUGAUUGUUGUUUUAUCACGUUCUGCUCUUCUGUGCAAAUACAGCCUGCGGGUCAUAACCAUGUUAUGUUCUGGAGAGUAUUUGUAAUGACAUUUUACAUCAUUGUUAUUACCAUUUACUAUGUGGAACACUUCUUAAAGGGAUAUAGAGGUUAUUUCCUUUUCAGGAAAAAAAAAAAAAAAACAUCUAUAUGUAGAUACAUCGUAUACUACCAGCUGAUAAAGUGUGACGUGUGUGUGUAUAUAUAAUGUACACCUAAAUGCAGGCUCUCACAUUGUAAUACCAUCAUUCUGCUUUUUGUGUAUCUCUAGUGUGUCUAGCUAUUAUGUACUUUAAGAGUCAUGUUUGUAAUACUCCUUUAUGGACACACUUGCACAUCUGACCUUUCCUUUUUGAUAAUGAACAAUAAAAAAAAUGUUUGGAAUCUUUAUCACUGGGGUGUUCAUGCACAUUCAGUUGCAUAAUAUACAAAAAAGAUCUUUUACAUGAUGUCUGAAAUUUACUUUAACUGAUUCCUAAAAUAUUGUAAAUAAAAAUAAUUCUAAAAUAAAAUUCGAUAAUGAACAAAAAUGUAAUUGUCUGACUUUUUUUGAUAAUGAAUAAAAAAAAACAUUUGGAACCUCUUAUCAACGGUUUGUGUAUGCAUGUUCAACACAUUCAGUUGCAUAAUAUUCUAAAUAAAUUAUUUUGUGUCUGAAAUCUACUUU